UGUCGCGAAAAUGAUCUUCGUAAAGCGUUCGAAAAGUUCGGAGAAAUCUCUGAAGUUUCAAUUCCUAGAAAAGGCAGUGGAGAUAAUGAUAGGAUAAUUGGGUUUGGGUUUGUGCAGUUUGUUAAAGUGAAAGCAGCAGAGAAGGCUGUUAAAGAAAUGAAUGCCAAGGAAAUACUUGGAAGGAAAGUUGCUGUUGAUUGGUCUUUACCCAAACAGAAAUAUGAUGCCAUAAAAGGCAAUACUUCAAGUAAAAGCACAGACAUCAAUACUG